GAGUCUCUGAACAGUCUUCCUGCCAGUUUGUUUCCCUGAGGUAGUGAGACACGAGUAAAGCCCUGAUACACAUUUAUUAUUAGAGACAGAAGGAUCUGAGCUAGCCUACAUCCACAGAAGAUCUGUGGUUAGUUCUCCAAGAUGUUUGGAACAACCUCCCUGUCGAGUUCCUUCAAAAACUCAACACUCACCUAUGACACUCUGCGGUUUGCGGAUGCUCCAGAUUUCCCUGAGACGGCAGAGCCAGUCUGGAUAUUGGGAAAGAAGUACAGUGCAUUGACAGAGAAGGAUGAGAUUCUGAAGGAUGUGACAUCCAGACUGUGGUUCACUUACCGAAGGAACUUCCCAGCAAUAGGUGGAACAGGGCCCACGUCUGACACCGGCUGGGGCUGCAUGCUACGUUGUGGGCAGAUGAUUUUUGCUCAGGCUAUAAUAUGUCGGCAUAUGGGACGAGAAUGGAGAUGGGACAAACAGAAACCGCAGGAAAAGUACCUGAACAUCCUGGCCGCUUUUCUAGACAAGAAAGACAGUUACUACUCCAUACAUCAGAUUGCCCAAAUGGGAGUCGGUGAAGGAAAAUACAUUGGACAGUGGUAUGGACCAAACACUGUGGCGCAGGUGUUGAGGAAAUUAGCUGCUUUUGAUGUGUGGAGCUCGAUGGUCGUUCACAUAGCUAUGGACAAUACUGUUGUUACAGAGGAGAUAAGGAGACUGUGCAGGAGAGGGAGCUGUGACCCUGGGCCGCUGUGUAAUGGACAUGCUGCAGCCUCUGAUUCGGACAUGCUGUGGAAGCCUCUUGUAUUACUCAUACCACUGCGCCUGGGGCUAAGUGAGAUCAAUGAAGCAUAUAUUGAAACCCUCAAGCACUGCUUCAUGUUACCGCAGUCCUUAGGCGUUAUUGGUGGGCGGCCUAACAGUGCUCAUUACUUCAUAGGAUAUGUGGGAGAUGAGCUAAUAUACCUGGAUCCACACACUACACAGCCAGCUGUGGAGUCCAGUGAUAGCGGUCAUUUACCAGAUGACAGCUUCCACUGCCAGCACCCUCCGUGCCGCAUGCAUGUGUCUGAGAUUGACCCCUCCAUUGCUGUGGGAUUCUUCUGCAGUUCAGAACAGGAUUUUGAUAAUUGGUGUCAACACAUUAGAAAGAUCUCUCUUACUGGUGGAGCGUUGCCCAUGUUUGAGGUGGUGGAUCAGUUGCCUCUCCAUUUAUAUAAUCCCGAUGUACUCAACCUUACACCAGAUUCCUCAGAUGCUGACCGCCUUGACAGAUUUUUUGAUUCUGAAGAUGAAGAAUUUGAAAUUUUAUCCUUUUGAUGACUGCUAGCAGCGGUGAAAAGGCGCACUAUUCCACAGUCCGAUGGAGGCACCAGCUUCUUCAGGGUUCAGAAGUGGAAGAUUGCUAGAUAUUGUAUAUUUCUGGGGACAAGAUUAUUACAUUUACAAAACCCUAUAUGAAGAAAACCCCAGAUACUGCAACCUGCGUGUCAGUGCAGUGCCUACUGCUAGGGUGCCCAGACAUGUCCAGGAUUCAAUUUAAUGUAAUGCUUUGGGUCUGUUACAUUCCAUGCGCGUGAAUAGAGAAACUUUAUUAUCCAGCUAUGAAGAGUGUGAAACAGUCGUCAAGGAUCAAUACAUGCGUGAAAACAUGGCUGGUCAGCAAGUGAUGUCGCCAAAAUAGGUUUUUAUUUUAAGGCACAACCUUAGGAAAAAUGCUUCUUCCAGGUUUUCUCGGAUAAAAGAGCCUUUAAAUGCCUUCAGUGAAAAAGUUUGUCUUCUAUUUAAAACCUUUCCACUGUCUUGUAGGCUACAUUUUAGCAUGGUUUUCUGGCCAGAUCAUGUGAGGCUGCUUGGAAGUGUGUAAUGAUCAGUGAUGAGAUGGAAGCAUUUGUUCGAGUUCUCAGUUUACAGGUUGCACCUACAAGAUAGAGGUAGCCAUGUUGUUGGCUGAACCAAUAAUGAUGCCAUUAGUUCCUGCAAAAUGUCUAAGGUACAGUCUGGUUUAGCACACAAUAUGGUUGUAUACUAUAAAUAUGCUUUUGCUUCUAGGGUAUUAUGCUUUAAAAUACAACAUUCUUUUUGAAAACCUCAUGAGAUGGCUACACUUUAAUAGGUAAUAUUGUGCCAUUUCAUAACUCUUUUCACAGUGGGAAAAAAAAAAAACUAAGAGAGGUCCUGUGUAUAGUGUGUCCUAGAGUGCUGUACAACAAUGUCCAAUACGUAUAUGUAAUAUGCCAAGGCAACAUAAGGAAGUUUAAAGAUAAACUACUCUGCUUCUCACAUUUAUACUUAUUUCACUAGCUUGUCUCGGACAUAUAAUAAAACCGCUGCCACAUAACCUAUCAGUAUAUUGUUACUACAAUAUCACUUCUUGACAGAUAUUACAGAAUUGGUAGCGGAUGUUCAUAGACGUGUCUCCUAUGAGAUGUUUCUUGGAAAAACCAGAAGUGACAAUAACAUAGUGACUCCUUUCAUCACAUAUACUGUAUGUUGCAUUGUGACGGGCUUAGGGAAGUCAUUUUAGUAAGUAGUUAUUGAAUGUUGAAAUAAGUGAUGUGAAGGUCACACUGAGAUGUUUGAAACAUUGUACAGCUGGUGUGAAAUUAUUCUGUACACCUUUUGUUGUCUUCCCAUUGGCGUGGAUGACACCAGUAACAGAGACCCCGGUGACCAUAUACGCUCCCAAUUUGGAUAUAAGUGGUAACUGCUGUGUAGGCACCCUGAAACACAUCCUUAGUUUUUGUCUCCUAAGGUGAUGGUAUUGUUAUAUGCCAGGCACAUAUCUGCACCACUUUGAGGCUCAUGUAGAUUUGGAUGUAACCCAUUGUGACCUUUUUCAACCGCACAAAUGCACUGGAAAUUCCUACGCAUCUGUAACCAUGAUACGUGAGCCACAUUUUAGGCAUGGGAGACAGUAAUGAGGGCCAAUUUGUAAGUGGGACUGCAGUACAGUAAGGGUGUGUUUAUGCCAUACUGACCACAAGCCAACCACAUGCUCCUGUUUGGUGGCAGAUCACUUGCAGACGCUCAACCACUGGUGCAAAAUACAAACUGACGAUGAUAAACAGCGGUCGUUUCUGAUUGGAUGAAUGCAUCAGAAUCCCUUCCACUGUGAGAUUAGCCAUUGCUGUGCAGAAAUAAUUCUGUUUCCAAAUUUAUCUUCUAAAGGGGAAGCCAAACGGAUGUGUGGUAUUGAUUUGAACUUAAUAAAAACUUCCAUGUUGAA